GCUUUUCUAUUACUCAUUUUUGCCUGAAAUCUUUUUUUUUGUGUUUCCAUAGAUGAAAGAGUUUGAUAUGUGAGCAUAUCUCUUGCUGUUUUUAUCUAAAAUCAACACAAAUUUUCUUUUGCAGGCCCGACUUCAUUGAAAUAGAUGGCUUCCAUAUAUCUCUCGAGAAUUUUCAUGCAUCUCUAACGCCAAGAGCGGAGAUUGACAAUGAGGUCAUGACCUUAUACCUGAAGACAUUCAACUAUGAUCAGUCAGUGAAGAAGAAGAAGCCAAAAAAAUUUGUUUUCUCAGUGUUGAUGAGUUUGAAACUCAGUGCUGAGCCAGAUGUGUUUGAUCCGAAGGUGUGCGAAAAAGAAUUCAAGAAUGCUUGCUUACAAAAUCACAUUUCAAAAUCUGACCUGGUAAGUUCUUAUCUUGUUCCAUCUUGCAUUCUUUUUCUAUUUUUUUACAUUUUUUUCUAAAUGGAUUUUCUGGUUCUGCUUUGUUUUGAUGCAUUGCAGCUAUUCUUCAUGGUUGUACACAAAAGCACUGGGCAGUAGUAGUUGUUAACAUCACCCAAAAGGAGUUCAAUAUCUUUGACUCCAUUAGGAACUCGGAAGACCUUUUUGAGAUGGACAGGAUCACUAAGAAUGUGGUUUGAUCAGGUCGCAAACAUCAAGAGUGUUGCAAUGAGGGAGCCACUUUUUAAGCACAAUCUCGAGUCUUACUCGCUAUUCACCCCACUUGAUUACCCUCAACAAAAAACUUACUAUAACUGUGGCUACUAUAGUAUUUUAUACGUGGAGAAUUGGGAUGGCCUUGUUAUGCUGUCAUUUGGCGAGGAUUACAUCCCAAACCUUCGGAAACGCAUUGGAGCAGAUCUGUUGAGACACCCAAGCAACAAGUUGGACCCCGCGCAUCAGCUGAAGCUGCUUCUUCAGCGUUAGAUGGGGGUUUUCGAGCUUCUGCAACAGGAGGAGUCGUGGCGGCGGUGGCCUAGUACUGCUGACGCGAGUUUUUGUAGGUAGCUAGAGUGUAGUUGGGAGCAUGUUCUUGUAGCCAGCUCGAGUGUAGUUGAGAGCUUGUUCUUCUAGCCAGCUCAACUGAACUUUUUUCACAAUGCAACUCUGAAUGAAGCACAUGAAUGUUUCAGUG